GUCCGCAAAUGUAAACCAGCUGACAACAAAAAUGACCGACCGGACACGACACGACAGCCGACGGUGUUGGUGUACGAACUGAGAUGUAUUUCUGUUAUUUUUGCAGAAUUCAACUACAGUCUACACCCUGUAUCGAGGCCAAUUGCAUUUCGUUACUAUGCACUUACUGAGUAAAAAAAUGUGUAUACUGUGUGUGAAUAACAGGAGCUGGUUUCUACAUGGUAGACUCAUCCAUCACUAACCAUUCAGUCUUCAUCCAACAAUAUGCAAAUUUUGGUCAAGAAAUUGUGGAUAAAUCAAUGGAAUGAGAGAGUCUUCUACAUGUAAUCAGAGCUAUAAUGUACAUGUAUAACAUAGGAAUGAACAUCAAUGUAUAAAACUUAAAAUCAAACAUACGUACAGACUGUAUGGUGAGAAUUUCAAUUUCAAUAAAAUGUACUGGUACAAAUACUCCAUAGUGCAUUUUAAACUGGCUGGAUUUGCAAUUGCUGUAUGAAUUUGGAGUUUAACUUGAGAACUAGCAGUUGAGCGUGUGAUGAAAGUUUAUCAUUCUGUUCUGAAGAAAGGUCUUAAAAAUUUGUGGUGGAGUCCAGGAAGUGUUGGGAUUGUUCAACCUGCUGGCCAAAAUUUCAUUGCUGCAGCUUCAAGUCAAUUGGGAUUCUGCAGAAAUAAUAUUGGAGUUGGACCAGACCUUCACACCAUGAGAAAUACGUAUUGAGCCGCAGAAAAUUGAAUUCAAUUCAUAUUAUAGUAUCUUUAUGAAAUAUUAAUCGCAAAAAUGGGAAACCAAGGAAGAACUCGUAGGUCAUGGUACAAGGUACCUCCAAUCUUGUCAAAACGGUUUGGAAUCAUUGCAUUCCUUACCAUGAUACUCUGGACAUAUACCCUAUUUACAUUUGCUCUGUAUCGGACAGAGCCUAAUGUUCCAGAGAGUGUAAAACUCAAACAGCAAAUACUAGAAUUGAGCAAAGAAUAUGUUAAAGCCUUGGCUGAUGAACAACAGGAAGGGAAAAAUUUGCCCGAAGCUUAUUCAAGUUAUGACCUUAAAAAAACUAUGGCAGUGCUGCUGGACAGCAUAUUAGAGAGACUAGGAAAGUUAGAGAAACGAGUGGACAGUGCAAUCAGCAAUGGAACACAGAGUCUCCUAAGGAAUUCUUCAGGUGUUCAUCAGGAUGUAGAUAAGGAUAGAAAUGGUGUAGAGUCAAAGGAAGCAGUAAUCAAGGCAAAAGGGGAGCUUGAAGCAGAUCAGAAUUCCACCAUGUCAAGGAUGAUACAUAAGUUUGUUGGUGGUGUAUUGUUUGAACUAAUUGGAGAAGGUGCAGAUUGUUCUCUUACAGAAGCUGAACUGAAUGGAUUCUCCAGCUGUAAAGCAAAAAUAGCGUGGAUGAGGGACAUGUGGCGAUCUGAUACAUGUUAUGCACGGUAUGGAGUUGAUGGUACAGACUGUUCAUUCAGGGUUUAUCUCAGUGAGGUUGAAAACUGGUGCCCAAGAGUAAAGGGCAGAGAAAUUGAUCCUCCGAGUAUAAUUCUUCGGGACUAUGAAAAGGCUAAGAUCCGGUUUGAGAAACAAGGUCUCUUCAAUCUGAUGCAGGAACCUACCAAGUUCCGUUGGAUUAAGAUGAGGAUAUCAAGGAUGUGGGAUUCUAUGUGGGUACCUGCGGCAGAAGAAUUCAGCAAACUACAAGGAGACAAAAUCAGAGAACGAAAGAAGAUUUUGGUUCAUAUUGGUGCAUUGACGAAGGAAUCUGGCUUCAAGAUUGCAGACAAUGCCUUCAACGGGGGUCCUUUAGGUGAACUGGUUCAAUGGAGCGACAUCCUAUCCACACUCUACGUUCUGGGUCAUGAUAUUGAGAUAUCUACUGCAACUGGCACACUCGGAAAUCUCUUAAGAAGGAAAGGGUUAACAAGCAAAGUCAGUUGCCCAGUGAAAGGGAAGAACCAAUAUGAUCUAGUCUACAUUGAUAUCGUUGGAAUGAAACAGCUUAAGAAGACUAUUGGAGCACAGUGGCAACAAUUCAGUUGUAUUCUCAGGGUUAUAGACUCAUUUGGAACAGAACCAGCCUACAAUGUGGAUACUUAUAUAAAAAAGGCUGGUACAAAGUCUAGCUGGGGCAAUUGGAAUCUAGUACCAAGGCAGUUUUUCACCAUGUUUCCUCAUACACCAGAUAAUUCAUUCAUGGGUUUUGUAGUGGAUCAUCAGGUAGACAUAGCUAAAACAGAGUCUUCCUCUCAGAGAACAAACCGUGCCCUUGUCUAUGGAAAAAGUGCUUCAUUUUGGACUGAGCCUUGGAUUAGGAAAUACUUGGACAAGAUUCACAAGAAAUUUGAGAUUCAUGGCACAGUAUUCCUGAACCAAAGCACAUCAACAAUGAAGAGUGUUAUACCUGACUAUGUGGUAAACCAUGGCAUUGUAUCUGGUUCAGAGAUACAGAAUUUAUUAAAAGAAACAAAGUUAUUUAUUGGUCUUGGCUUUCCUUAUGAGGGUCCUGCUCCACUUGAAGCUGUAGCUAAUGGCUGUGUCUUUCUCAACCCCAAAUUCACUCCUCCUAAAAAUUCUAAAAAUACUAAAUUUUUCACAGGAAAGCCAACAGCUAGAGCGCUUACAUCUCAGCACCCUUACACUGAAGUGUACAUUGGACAGCCUCAUGUAUGGACAGUAGAUGUAUUGGGUAAUGAGUUUGAUGUAGCACUGGAGAAGAUAGCAGCCAUGAAGAACACUACAUCAUAUUUACCCUUUGAAUUCACAUGUCAUGGAAUGUUAGAGAGAGUCAGUAGUUAUAUUCAAAAGCAGGAGUUUUGUACUGGAGAGAAGCAGUGGCCACCAUUAUCAUCUUUACAAGUCAAGGUUUCUGAGAAAGGACAGUCAUGUAGGGAAAGAUGCAUGGAAGAUGCUACAUCAGUGCUGGCCCAAUUAUCUGCUGACGUCACUUCACAGAGCAGGAGUCGGAGCCAACCUGCUGGGAAAAUUCAACCAGCAGCCGAAGCUCAUAAGAACUGA